CUCCUCCACAGACGAUGUAGUCAUACGACAAGAUAUAUGAGUUCGCCAAGGGCAUUGCUGAUGCCGCAAUCUAUCGAGAGCGCGCUUUCCAAGGGUCUCAGAUGCAAGGCUAAGACCAUCAGGUGUGCGGGGUUGUGUACUACCGUGAGAGCUACUCGUUCCAUUCGUGCCGGCAGAGCCAAUCUCUUAAUUCUCCAAACGCCCCAUAUUCUGGUUCGAGUACCAUAGCCGUUAAGUCUCCAAGUCGCUAGUCAGAUCCGGUUUGGUACAGGCCAGAACAUCGAUCAGGCCCCCUAGCAGUGCUUACUCUGUACAUUUGACCAGUGCUACUCGGUAACUCCGUAGAACUCUAACGUACUAAGCUGGAUGAUACUCGGCGGUAGUUGGUCUAUACUUCUAAACAAGAU